AUGCCACCUCUCUCAAAACGAAACCCCCUCCCUUUUAAGCCUCCGCGUUCUGUCGCCGUUUCCGAUGAGAUUCAGCCUGUGCCACGGGCAAACAACGCCCGCAAGAAGACUAAUAGCUCCUCCCGCAAGAGGUCAAAAACGCAAAUGAGCCCAGAACCCCAUACCGUAUCCCCUUCACGGAUGUCAGAGCCUCCGCAAGCACCCGACAAUCGCUCCCCGUCCCCCGUUGAACAGGACCUUGACCCCGUCCGGCGAUCAUCGAUCGAUUCGCUAUCUUCCGACCCGGAGUAUAUCCUUGCCGAAAUCAUUGCGCCGAAAGAGGAGGAGAAAGAAAGCCUAGAGACUUCCGAGCCGGAUUUUCCGCCAAAGUUGCUGGCUGCUAUCAUCCAUCGUCAUAUGAAGCGUAAGGGGGAAAAAAUGCGGAUUACCAAAGACGCAAAUCGACUGUAUGCAAAAUACAUCGAUAUUUUUGUUAAAGAAGCUAUCGCGAGGGCGAUUUAUGAGCGGAAGGACAAGUUACAGACGGAUGGGAUUCAAAGGGACAGAACGAGGACUAUGAUUGAUAGCUACUUGGAGAAAAGGGAGCUUGCACGAAGCCAGGUAACGCGCUGUCCACUAUCCACAGAGCUGAAGAAGACCCCCUCUUUGAAUAUCAUUGUUGCACUUUGUCCUGCGGCGAGGAUAAAUGCUGAGCAGGAUAAACAUCUGGGCUAUAUCUACGGCCUGUAG